UAUGUUCUCUUUUUUGUUCUUUUGUUUCACACUUCCCAGAUGAUGAUGAAGAUGGCAAAACUACCACUCAACCUCUGUUGAAAAAAGACAAGAAGAGUCCAACCGUUCCUUUAAAUGUGUCUGACCAGAGGUUGCUGGAGGCCAGUCAGCAGUUCCAGCAGAAACAGGGGAAGGGCACAGUGGAUGUCUGGUGGCUGUUUGAUGAUGGAGGUCUGACCCUGUUGAUCCCAUACUUGCUAACCAAUAAGAAGAGGUGGAAGGACUGCAAGAUCCGCGUUUUCAUUGGAGGGAAGAUCAACAGGAUUGAUCAUGACCGCAGAGCGAUGGCAACUCUACUGAGCAAGUUCAGAAUAGACUUCUCUGACAUCACCGUGCUGGGGGACAUCAACACCAAGCCCAAGAAGGAGCAUGUGGCAACCUUUGAGGAGAUGGUUGAGCCUUAUCGGCUGAAGGAAGACAACAUGGAAUUGGAGGCAGCCGAGAGGUUGAAAAACAGCGAACCCUGGAGAAUCACAGACAACGAGCUGGAACUGUACCGCGCCAAGACCAAUCGUCAGAUCAGGCUCAAUGAGCUACUGAAGGAACACUCCAGCACUGCCAACCUCAUCGUCAUGAGCCUGCCAUUAGCUCGGAAGGGCGCAGUCUCUAGUGCCCUCUAUAUGGCCUGGCUGGAGGUGCUGUCUAAGGACCUGCCCCCCAUCCUCCUCGUGCGUGGCAACCACCAGAGCGUACUCACCUUCUACUCUUAGUGUUACCACAGGGAAAAAUCCUGCGUUUUUAAGUCUCACGUUCACUUCUGCGGCUGAUAGCAAAGCCACACACAUGUUCCAGUUAAAUCCCAAAAUAAAAGGUGCACCAUCACACUCCAGAGACUGUAGAAAACACAGCCGCUGUUGAUCUAAAGAAGGAAGUGAUACCGGUUGAGACGUUGAUGAAGGAAUUUCAGGGUUAGGGUGGAAAUUAUUGGUAAGGUUGCCCUCUUGGCUCCUUUCUUUUCUAUUUAUUCCAAAUUUUCCUCUUUUUUUGUAGCUUUAGUUUUUUCAACUUUCGUGCAGAAGUUGUCAUUUCUGUUCAAAUUCUUGUCUCUUAGGCUGUAAUUCAGGCAUUCAUAAUAUUUGUGAUUUUUUGUUCUCAUGGUAUGGAAUAUCUUGAAGUUACUAGGACCAGUUGCCACGUCUGUUAGCAAUAAUCACCUAGUUAUUUGUUUUAGACAUUGGAGAGAACAACACAUUCUAAAGCCUUACAGAUGUGCCUUUUGGUCGGAUCUGAUGAAAUUAGUUGAAUCUCUAAUCAGAUAAACAAUAUGACCCAUAUUAUUGGCGGUUAAGUAAUAAUUUUAAUGCAUUUAUGGUGAUUCUUUCUUAGUUGAAUCAGUUUAGAUUUGGGGGUGAAGCCUUUCUGUCUUUUUGUUUUUAGAUUCUUCUAAUCUGCUUAUGGUUCAAAGCCCUGUUGGUCUUCCAUUGUAAAGCUGUUGAUCAUUUUCAAUAGCCUGUUAUUGGACACAGUUGACUGUUUGGGUCCAGUGCCUGCAUCAGAUUGUAUUUGUUUUUAAAUUAAACAUGCUAUUAGUUAGCAAAGAUGUGAAGCUAAUGAUAAUAAUGAGCCUUGUUGGUUGGAAGCUGCUGAGUAAUGUUUGUUUCUGUUCUUCCCCUCUAAAGACUCUACUCUCUUCAACGACCUAAUUAAAACCUUGCCUUAAUGAUGCUUUCCUUUCUCCAAAGCCAUACUGGCUGUGUGAUUUGUGGAUAAAUGUGGAAGCAAUCCGUG